AUGAGCUCAUUGCGUCUCUUCAUGUUGUGCGGCGUUGCUGUGUGCGGCCAAGACGAGGAUGUUCAAGAAGAACUCGGCAAUGGCCUGUGCUGGUACAACAGUGAUCGAAGCUUCCAUCGCUGCUGCGUUGAAGCCGACCCUGAUUGCUGGACAGGCAUCUGGAUUAUCGAGGAGCUUUGCUGCCAUCCUCUUUCACAGCAGCACCUUGAAUGUUUCGCCUCCUUAGAGAAUCGUGUGGAACGGAAGCUUAUCACUCUGAAAACACUUCUGGAUCAAGCUGAAGAAGCAGACUACCUACAAUCAGCAGUUUUCAGCUAUGAGGUGUCGCUUGCUCAGCCACUUGGAAUGUGGGCAUGGGCAUGCAGUGUGCCUGACUCGCCCAUGAUCUGGAGCCCCAACUGCGAGUGCUGCGAGCCAGCGGAGGUUUACUGUGAGGACACAUCCCUCCGACCACCUGAGGAAGAAAUUUGGGACGAGUUCACGCGCUGCUGCUUUCCUGUCUACUCGCGGAAAACCUUCGCACACCUUCCGGAUGAUCUGCGGGACAGCAUGACCUCGCAGCUUGAAGCCCUGAGACCACGCAGGGACAGCAUAGUGAAGCGGGGCCCGCAACUGCACUGGGACCUCAGCAAGGAAACGCAUGUCAACGGUUGCCUCAUCUCAGUUCAUGAGGAUGGGACCGUGUCAUCAUGUCCAGAGAGCCAUGCUUGCCACGGAUUUGACUGCUCAUACUUGCGAGCUGUCCUCCUUGCCUUGAAUGUUAUCCAGUCCACGAGGCCUCUGCCGAAAUUGAGCUUCGUUUUAAAUGCUGCCGACGACGUGGUGGACCAUGCUCUUCCCGAAGUGCCGGUGUUUACUCGGGUGGGGACGCGCUGGACCUCCACGAUCGUGCUGCCUUCCGAGUGGCAGAUGCACCCUGCGCAGUGUCACCGAAAGUUGAAGGAGGGCAUGGUGGCUAUGGAAAGGUUUAGAUGGGAGGACCGAAAAGCGGUCUUGAUUUGGCGAGGGACGCAUUCGAACCUGUGGGCUGAGGAUUGCAAAGCAGCGCCUGCUGCAAGAGACCCGGCAAUGAUGGAGAAAUGUGUGACUUUGCCACAGGUUAAGAGGCUACCGGCUUGGAAUUUCACCACAUGGCUGCAGCUGCCACGUGGUCGCCUAGUCUGGCUCAGCCGCUUCGUUCCUUUUAUUGAUGCCAAAUUUGUGGAGUCUUCGACGGUGGUGCGGAUGGCGGAGGACUUAGAAGAGUUCUUGCGGGAUGAGGAGCUGAUCGCCCCACGGAUUCAGUCUGAGGCAUUUGGUAAGUACAAGUAUCAGAUUGCCAUCGAGGGCAACUCUGCUGCUGACCGACUGUCCUGGCAGCUCUUCAUGGGUGCGCUGGUACUUAUCCCAGACCAGCCUUGGCAACUCAUGGCACCAAUGCAUCUGCUGCAGCCAUGGGUCCACUUCGUCCCGGUGUCGUAUGAUCUCAGCGACUUGGUGGAUCGUCUGCUUUGGCUCAUCGCGCACGAUGCGGAAGCGAAGAUCAUUGCCCAGAAUGGCCUUGCUUUUGCACACCGUCACCUGACUUGUGACGACUACAUCCACUACGUCGACCGAAUGCUUCGAACGUACGCAGAGAAGCUGGAGGAAUGA